UAUUAUUUUUUGAUAAUAAAGUAUAUUUUAGAUUUGAGUAUUUUCUUGUUCUUCAAAAUUGAUUUGAUAAAGUUAAGUAAAAAAUGCAGCGAAGAGUUGUAGUUACUGGUAUCGGAGUUAUUUCACCCGUGGGAUUCGGAUUGAAAGAAUCCUGGAAAAAUAUAAUUGCUGGAAAAUCGGGUAUUACUAAAUUAGAGGGCAAAGAAUAUGAAACAUUACCAUGUAAAGUGGCAGGAUUUGUUAAUGAGAAUGGCGUGAAGCUCCAACUAAUUAAUCAUUUUAGUAAAUCAGAACUGAAGACUAUGGCACCAGCAACUAGUUAUGCCCUUUUGGCUGUGAAAGAGGCAUUGUCUGAUUCAAAACUAGAUAAUAUGAGUGACGAGACAAAACUGAAUACUGGUGUAGCUGUUGGAAUGGGUAUGGUAGAUUUAGAUGACAUUUGCUCAACAUAUGAAUCACUAAAAAAAGGGUAUCAUCAUGUCAGUCCUUUUUUUGUACCUCGCAUCCUUCCCAAUAUGGCUGCAGGUCAAAUUAGUAUCAAGCAUGGAUUGAGAGGCCCCAAUCAUUCUGUUUCAACAGCUUGUGCUACAGGAGCUCAUGCAAUUGGUGACUCUUUUCGUUUCAUAAGAAAUGGUGAUGCUGACAUAAUGGUAUGUGGUGGCACUGAAGCAUGCAUAUCUCCUAUGUCAAUAGCUGGAUUCUGUAGACUCAGAGCCCUAAGUACUUCAUUCAAUGAUGAGCCAGAAAAAGCAUCAAGGCCAUUUGACAAAGCCAGGGAAGGGUUUGUGAUGGGGGAAGGAAGUGCUAUAUUGAUUUUAGAAGAACUAGAGCAUGCUUUGUCACGUGAAGCCAAAAUUUAUGCAGAGGUUUUAGGAUAUGGAUUAUCAGGAGAUGCUUCACAUCUUACAGCACCAAGACCAGAUGGUGCUGGGGCACUGCUAGCCAUGCAAAGAGCUUUGAAAGAUGCCAGGGUUGAAGUAGAUAAUGUUACUUAUGUGAAUGCCCAUGCAACAUCUACACCCUUAGGGGAUGCCAUAGAAGUUAGGGCAAUCAAAACUCUGUUCAGUGGAGACUGUGGAAAUGUUGCAGUAUCUUCAACUAAAGGUGCCCAUGGACAUUUGUUAGGUGCUGCAGGUAAUCUAGAGGCAGCAUUUUGUAUAAAAGCAGUAGAAGAGGGAAUUUUGCCACCUACAGUGAACUUGGAAACUUCUGAAGAUGAAGACAUUAAUUUUGUACCAAAAGUUAGUCAAGAGUGGAAAAAAUGUGAUAGAAGGAUAGUUUUGAAAAAUGCAUUUGGCUUUGGUGGUACAAAUGCUUGUUUAUGUUUUGCUCAGUUUAUAAACUGAAAACAUGGCUAAAUAACCUGAGAAAUUUACAGGGGAUAAUCAGGAAUCCUGGUCAAUCAUUGGGUGGUAUCAGAAAUUUCCGAGAUUCCUGAAUAGUAAUGGGUAACAUUUAUCUGGUAAUUUGAGAAAUUCAGAAGAAUUAAUUUACCAAGGAAGUAUACUGGUUCUUGGUUCAACUUUAUGUUAAUUUAAUUCUUAUUUAGCCAAUAGAAUUCAACCAUUAAAGCUUUAUCAAUGUUUGAUAAUGUGAUACUAGUACCCAUGCUGGAGAACACCAUAUUAUAGUUGAGUAUUAUGUUUUGAUCAUGAAUGCCUUAAAGUUUCACAUAUUCGCUUGAUCUGUAUUCCAUUCGUUAUUCUCGGCAUCUGAUUGAUUGGAUAACUUGUUUUCAAAUAAUCACGGCCAGCAAUACUUGUUUGUCACACAACGAUAUUGUUUACCUUCAUUUGAUUACUAAGCCUAACACAGUGGAAUAUGGAGAGAAAUAAAUAAUCGCUAUUUU